GGCCUUUGCAAACAUAAGACAAGGCUUGGUCAACAGACGGUCGACGGUUUUAAUGAGAGCUUUGUCUACCAACUAACUAAGCAGUUGAGUCUCGAGUGUAAAUUAUUGGGCUCAUACGCUGCAUCGGGUUCAUGUAAAGAAUUACAGAUAUGAGGAAUGUGACAAAAACGCUGCCAUCAUUACAUAAUAUGAAUGUUAUAUAUGUCCACUCCUUUGGAGAGUUUAUCUGCACUCGAACCUAUUACUGUUUAGUGUUGAACAGAACUGGGCAAAAAUUCAAUAUUAUCAUUUAUUGGCUGUCUUAUCGUUAUCAUCCAAAUUAAUUAAUCCAAACAAGCUUACAAAAAAAUAACAGAACUCGUCUGCUUCUUCUGCUAGUGUGGAAAUAAACAUAUCAUACCCAAGUGUUGGAGGAAAUGUUAUUUUAUUUUUAUUUUUUUUCAUUUUUUAUUUUACCCCGAAGGCUGGAUAUCAACCAGGUAAAACACACAACUGCCCCACGACCCCAGAUCCUCAUGGACCUCAAAAGUCUCAGAUACUAAACUAAAACAGAUCAGGCCCUUAAGGUGGUACUUGCCAAAAACAAAAAGUAAUACUUUAAUAUUUCAGUUUUGCUUACAUGGGCGCGUCAAUCAAUUAACCCAAUAUUAACAGAUUAGCUCAUUCUCCAGCCGUGUGUAUUCUCCUGUGUGCUUUGGGUAUGGCAACAAGAUGUGUGCACACUGCACACUGCAGAUAUUUUAAAACAGGGAGUCAGCUCCUAUUUGCCAAACCCACUGACACUGAUAAUACGUUUAUAUAAUAUGCAAUACAUAAUUAAAAGCCAUCCACUUCUGAUCACUGGCAGGUUUUAGUGUCUUACACCACAAAAACUUCGUUGAGGAUUCUGAGGGCAUGUCCGCAAUUUUCUUUCUUUUUUUUUUUCUGAAUAGCUGAAACACCUUAAAAUGCAUCCUUAGUUGAAAAGGCAAAUUCAAAAUGAUCUGAAUGUAAAUAAAAAUCCUGUUUCACUUUCUGUCUUUGGUGUACACUUUAAGCAAGGUGCGAUGUGCCAUUCCUCUGACAGGCUCGUCCUGUUUGAUGCCAACUACAGUAUCAAAACAUCAGCUUGUAGAAAUCCCCAGUUGUUCCUGUAAGCCUCUAGAAGUGCACAAGUGAAGUCAUUUGAGGAAGCACUCGGGGAGAGGACGCUUAUUCUGAGGCAAUGGCAGCCCCAUCUACAGGCCAACCAGUGAGGAUAACUCUGGGAGCCGUAUGGAGGUUUCAACUUCAACCUCCAUCACCCAGACCCCCAAGACUAUCAGUUGCAGUCACAGCAGGAUGGGUUGUCCUAACUCUGACACGAGUCAUCUUUGGUGUUGUGUAUUUCAAGGACUGCCCUCAGCAUCCUAACAUACCCAGCUACCUGUUGGGUUUGGCUCUGAUACCUCUCUUAAUGAUACCAUUUGUGACCCUCCCGUGUGAAAGCCACGCAGCUCAGCCACAGGAGCACCCCAAGGGUUGCAAAGCCUGUGUGCUGUGUUUAAUAAGCCUGUUUAUCUACACCUGGAUCCUGGCAGGUGAUGUGUGGGUCUUUUCAAUUUAUCAGCCCAACUAUGAUCCCACUGCAGCUGAUGGUCUUUACUGUAGUAAGACGCUGUACACAUUUGCUUUCUGGAAUGCAAUGUGGGAGACCUUAGUGAUUUGGGUCGAGCUGGCCAGACUCUGCAGAGGACUGCUGUGUUAUGUUGUGGCAAGGCCUGUACCAACAAACAGAGACUUUUAUGGGCAUGUUUGAGGCACAGAUGGAGCACAACUGUGAUCUGUGAGGGAGGAAAUGUUGAAGUUUAUUCCUUUAUGCACUUAGAUUAUGGAGCUCGGUUACUUUACCGUUUUGUAUUUUCAUUUAUUGUAUUGUAAUUUGUGAUGUGGAUAUAUAUGUAUAUGUGGUGUAAUUAGUAAUAUACUAUAUAUAGUAUAUAUAUAUAUAUAAUAUAUAUAUAUAUAUAUAUAGUAAUAUAUAUUAUGGGUUUUAGGAAAUGGUACUCAAACAGGAACAAAGACUGUCAUCAUUGGGACUAUUUUCAUCUGUGGAUUAAUACACAUUUGGUUCUCUAGUGAUGGUGGAUGUGGGAUCAGGUCAAAAUAAACUACGAUGCCCCUUUUAUUAAUGUAUUAUUCUAUGUAGAUGUUGACUGUUUUGACCUCAGGGAGUUGUGCAAAUCUGUAACAGGCUAUUGAUGUUUUAUUAUUAUUCAUAUAAGUAUUAUUAUUAUUGUUAUUAUAUUAUUAUUUGUCCUUUUAUGUGUUUAUUUUAUGUAAUAUUUGAUCGAAAAUUUACUGUAUUUUUUUUUUUAAGAUGUGUAAUACGUGUAAUACAAAUAUUGUGUGAAUAAACAUUGAUAUUUACAUUCGCAUAUGGUGUAAUAUUAUCCAAACUCGCAGCCAUGCACCGAUGAGAUGAUGGAUUAUGACGAGUCAUCCCGGUUAAAGUUUAUU